UUUUCUCAUCUCAGGGGGGAAGGGUGGUCCGAGGCCUCGGUGCGACCUCGCGCGGACUCUGGCUUCGGGCGCUCGUAGGCAGUUCUCAUCUCAGCGGAGAACUGUGGGGUUUUUUUCGCUCGAGAUCUCACUUCAUCCUCCCAACCACCUGCCGUCAGUGUCGUGUCCCAUUUUAAUGGUGAAACAGGCUCAGAGAGGAGAUAGGAAUCCGAAGUGGCGACCGGCGCAGGGGCAGGAGGAAGGAUAGAGUCCAUAUCUCGUUCUCUGCCCAGCGUGAAACCUGAGCAUGAGUCAGUCGCAGCAGUUAGCAGCUUCAUGGCUCCAACCCCCCUGAGAAAAUCACUUUGAAGUGAAUGCGGCAUUGGAUUUGGGGAAUUUCUUCUUGUUUCUAAAGAACUUAUGAGCCUGGCACAUAAACAGACGCGUCCAGGUUCCUCUGACCGCCGCCACCCCAGCAUUGCCUGUGUUCUCAGUAGCGCCAGGUUGCUUUUACAGGUGGUCCUGCUUGUAAUUCAGGCUGACAGGAAGAUCCUGGAGCUUUAGAUUUUGGGUGAAUAUUCCAACUGGUUUGGGUCAGGGUUUCUUGCAACAAAGCAGCUUUUGUGACGUAAGAAGGGGGUUCCAGGAGCAGGAAUCCCUGGUAGGACAGUCAGUUGGCCGAAGACUUCAGUACAGAUCCAGAGCCCAAGUGGAAGGGGCUCUUACUGCUCAGCCAGAAGCAAUUUGGGUCCUCCUGCCAGAACCACUGUCACAGGCAGACUGUCACAGACUGGGUGACGGUGGAUGCUUUGGGCCAACUUUCAGAAGAGGUGUAAGCUGUGGCUGGGUUAGGAGGGCAAGGCAAAAGGAACAAAAGAUACUGUUUCUUGGGGAGUUAUGAAAGCAUCGUGUGGAAGGAAGAGCUUACCAGCCACAGGGAAGGGAAUUACCUUCUUCAUCCCUUCACUGUUUCUGGGCUCUAAGCUGCGCCCACACUACACCACAACUAGAGAUACGCUGAUGCCUCUUCUGUACUGAUGUUAGAGAAUCAGAGGUGCUACUGCAUGACAGGUCUAUUUCUGCUUUACUUAAAAGACGGUGUGGGGAUAGUGUGGGCAGGAAGUGGGCGUAAAAUAUUAAGUGGUUACAGUCACACAUUUUAUUACGGCAGAAUCAAGAGCAGACAUUGAGUCUCUUGAUAGUUCAGACAGGUUUUUUAUGUUUUGACAACAGAUAAAUCAAAACCAGUUUUGUUUUGUUUUGUUUUGUUUUUGUCAAAAGAUACUUUUGAGAACCUGAAACCAAAUUAACAGGAAUUUUUUUUUUCCUUCCAAGAGAGACCAGUCCUUUAAAAUACCCCCUCCCCUUUUUCAGAGUCUUGUUGGGAUUUUCUGUUUUGUGAUGAACAUUACACAUUUUUGAUCUGUAUUUUUGCUCAGCAUCAGUUUUAAGGAAAGCAUUAUAUUCCAUUCCUUGGCUUUUCCUAAUUGGCUGAAUUAGUUUAAUGUGUUUACAUUUUUCUGGGUCAGCGCAUACAUUGUUAAUAAAUUAGCAGGAAACAAAUGUAUUUACAUUGAAAACUAGCGUGUCCAAGCACUGCGUAGUCAUACAGGGUCAUGCAUGGACACAGAGUGCUCCCUUCCUGACUGUUAACCUUUCUGCCCCUUCUCAAGGUGUCUUCCUUUCUGAGGUGUUUGCCAGGUACUAUGUGGUGUUUUUUGGCAGGUGACAUCUCUCAUGACCUUUCCUUCUUUCUCAGCUGUACCCUUACAGUUCUGCACUCUCUUCCAGGACCAGCAGAAAAUGAUCACAUCCCAGGGUAUUGCAUCCCUAAGCCAGAAGUGAUCCUCAAGCUGGAGCAAGGAGAGGAGCCAUGGAUAUUAGAGGAAGAAUCCUCAAGCCAGAGUGUCCCAGAAUUAAUUAAUAGCAGUAAAAACUAUUCAAGAAACAAGUUUGAUGAGUUUAACAAAGGUAGAAAAUGGCUCCAUGGUGACAAACAUGAAAGAACUCAUUCUGAAGAGAAACCUUAUGAAUGUAAUAAAAAUGGGAAUGGCCUCUUUCUUAAUGAAGACUCUGUUCAGCAUCAGAAAAUUCAAGUUUUGGAGCAACCUUUUGAAUACAAUGAAUGUAGGAAAGCUUUCCAUGAAAAUUCACUCUUCGUUAUACAUGAGAAACCUUACACAGGACAGAACACCUGUGAAUAUACUGAAUGUGGUAAAAACUUCUGUGAUAUGUCAUCUCUCAUUGCUCAUCAAAGAACACAUCCAGAAGAUAAUCACUAUGAAUUUAAUAAAUGUGGAGAAAAUUUCUUUGAGGAAUCCAUUCUCUUUGAACACAGUGUUCACCCUUUGAACCAGAAGUCAAACCUCGUUCAAAUUCAGAGAACCCACUCAAUUGACAAUAUAAUUGAAUAUAGUGAAUAUGGAAACUUUUUCAGUGAAAAGCUAAUCUUUGGUUUACAACAGAGCAUACACACAAGAGAAAAACCUUAUGAAUGUCAUGAAUGUGGAAAAACCUUCAACCAGAAGUCAGCCCACACAAGACAUCAGAGAACCCAUACGGGGGACAAAUCCUGUGAAUGUCAAGAAUGUGGGAAGACUUUCUACAAGAAUUCAGACCUCAUUAAACAUCAGAGAAUUCAUACAGGGGAGAAACCUUACGAAUGUCAGGAAUGUGGGAAAUCCUUCAGUGAAAAGUCAACUCUCACCCAGCAUCACAGGACACACACAGGAGAGAAACCAUAUGAAUGCCGUGAGUGUGGGAAAUCCUUCUCAUUUAAGUCAGUCCUUACUGUACAUCAGAAAACACACACAGGGGAGAAGCCCUAUGAGUGCUGUGAAUGUGGGAAAGCCUUUCUCCGAAAAUCAGACCUCAUUAAACAUCAGAGAACUCACACAGGGGAAAAGCCUUAUGAAUGUAACGCAUGUGGAAAAUCCUUCUCUGAGAAGUCAACUCUCACUAAACAUUUGAGAACUCACACAUGUGAGAAGCCCUAUGAAUGUGUUGAAUGUGGAAAAUUUUUCUGCUACUUCUCAGGUUUCACAGAACAUCAGAGGAGACACACAGGAGAGAAGCCUUUUGGAUGUAAUGAAUGUGGGAAAAACUUUCGUCAGAAGUCAGCCCUAAUUGUUCAUGAGAGAACUCACAUAAGACAGAAACCCUACGAAUGUAAUGAAUGUGGAAAAUCAUUUUGUGUGAAGUCCAAACUCAUUGCACAUCAUAGAAUACACACAGGGGAGAAACCCUAUGAAUGUAAUGUUUGUGGAAAAUCAUUCUAUGUGAAGUCAAAACUCACUGUACAUCAGAGAACACAUUUGAGGAGAAACUCUAUAAAUAUAAUAAAUGAGGGAAAUCACUCUGUUGAAGUCCAGAGUUUAUAGAACAAAGAACACAAAGCAGAGAGGAAAAUCUAUUAAUAUAAUGAUUUUGAGAACACCUUUGAUCUAAAAUCAGUUCUCACAAUACAGAGCAGAGAACUUCUAGAGGGGAGAAAAUCACAUGAAGAUAUUCUGGACAUUGGAAAAUUUUCUACUGGAAUUUGGACCAUACAGUAUACGAGAAAGCUCAGAGUGGAGAAAAACCUAUUGUUGAAUGAAUACAGGGCACCUUUUGCCCAAAGCCACACCUUACUAAACAUCAGAGAAAUCAAAUAGGGUAGAAACCUCUAUUAGCAUUUGUAGAGAAGCCUUUACUCACAAGCUGGAGGAAAUGCACAAGCUAUAGGAAAUUAUAGCAGAACAUUUACUAUGAGGUGGUAUUUUAUUGGGCUUGUGUGAAAUACUUGAAGUUGCAUCUCAGUGGAUAUCAGAUAGUAGUUACUAGAAAAAUACUUUUAAGUGAAUGGAAGCUUUAAGUUAAACUUAAGUUUAUCAUACAUCAGAGGUGUUCAAUUGCAGUGUCUAGCAAUGUAGGCAAUGUGGUUUUGAUUUUAGUACUUUGCCUUGUUAAAAUACAAUCUGGCCCAUUGCCCGGUGUGCUGUUCCUUUCAAUUUAAGGUUUUAGAUGAGACCUGGAGCCAGCGGUUGUAAACAAUUCAAAGAUUUAUUGCUCAGGCAUAUGCAAAACAAGGAAAGGUUUUUGCAGGGGACCCACCAACGAGAAGACUUUCUGAUGUCCAGGUGGAGAGAGAGAUCCUGGUCUUGGUGACAUACAUAGGACAGGAGCCUGCCAGCAGGGUUUUUAAAAUAAUUCUGGGGCAUACUAAUUUUGAGUGGCUUGUCCUGAAGUGGUGGAUUGAAGGGGCAAGGUAGGUUGCCUUGAAUGCAACUUACUAGCUGUAGCGGAAGUGGGUGAGUUUAGAACGUAGGUGGUGUCUGCCCUGCCAGUGUCUUAUCAGUUUGGCCAGCUGUCAUCCUGCUGUGAGUGACUUAUUGCACCCAACUUUAUUUCCCCACAUACUUACCACUUCUCACAUGUGAUACAAUGAUCUUUUAAAAGCAAAAAUUCACAUACAAACAUACACAUUGUCAAGUACGGAGCUUUAAAAAGCACAAAUAGAUCCUGCUACUCAGUAGGCUACAGUAGCUUUCAGCAGACCAGUGCUCUCACUAAGGACAACUAGAAAGGCAGUUCACAGAAAGUAUAUUUAAAUACAAUCUGUUGUUGGAAAGCAAAGAGGGCUGGUAUCGUAAAAUCCAGGAGGGGUGUGAAAGACAGUAAAUGGGGAAAUGUAACUGUUUUACCCGGGAGCACUUGCCAGUUCUGUCUACAGGGAGGAGCCUGAAUAUUCAGCUUGGCUCAGGCAGAGGGUUAUGACUUGGUGGCAGGGGAGGGGAGAUGUAGGGUGCAGGGAGACCAGAAACCAGAGCCCAGCAGAACUCUGGCAGUCAAGGCUGGAGUGAAAAUUUUUGAAACAUAGGAGACUUCAAACCCAUGGCCAGUUUCUCAGGAUUUUCAGAAGACUGACACAGGGCAGGAAUCUGAAAACCUAAGCUGAAAAACACAAUUAUUUUUUCUUCCAUUACUGAGGGAAGAGUGAAUAGAAUUCAGGAACUGCCAGCAGGCUGGGCCCUUGGUGAGCACAACAUGCUCUCAGUGACAGUGCAGGGUCAUAGCAGAGGUAGACUGUACUUUACCAAAUCUGCAAACAAUUCCUGACUCAUAUUUAAAAUAUCUCCCAGAAAGAAAACUCACAGGAACAGAUGACUUCACUCCAGUUAUUCCAAAUACUUAAAUAAUACCAAGCUUUUAUAAGCUCUUCCAGAGAAAGGAUGAGGGGGGUUUUCCUGUUCAUUUUAUGAGGCUAGUACAACAUUGAUACCAAAGCCUGUAAGAUAUUUCAGGAAAGUAAAGUUAUAUUCCACUAUCUUACAAAUAAUUUUAAAAAAUUCAGACAUAUCAAUGGAUAACCUGUCUUGACUAAAUGAUGUUAAUUAGAGGAAUCAAAGGAUGGAUUUAAUAUUUAAGAUUCAAUUGGUUUGGCCUUCUAUUCCCCUUCCUCUCAGACUCUACCUUCUCCCUUGUAAUUUGUACAUUUCUCUUCUGCUUUCCUGUCCUAGAGUGGGAGUCAGAACAGCCCUGACAUGGGGGAUGAGAAAGGUGUGGAGGUGAUGUGCCCCCUUGCAUCAGAAGUACUGAGGGCAGAUGGAAGACAUGUCAGCAGGGCUGAGGUGCUGGUAACACUGGGCAGAUAAGUAAAUGUACUGAGGCUGGUGAGAGCCAGGUUUCUCACUGUUGGAGACGGUAUCUGUAAAUACAGAAGGGGAAAGCUAGAAAACAACCUAAGGUGUUGGAAUGUAAUUCAUAUUUUAAGUACACAAAUUGAGUAGUGCUUGUGGGUGUGUGUUUGGAUCUGGGUGCUGAGAAGGCCUAAACACAGUGACACCCCCAUAGGGUUGAGCACACCAGGUGCCAGGUGGUUAAUUUUAAAUACUAUCCUCCCACCAAUAAAGACCAGGUCCCUGAAGUGAUGGCUUAUUGAAAGUCAGAGAUGGGGAGAAAUACAAGAUGAUCCUGAAUCAUCUUAGCUAUUAGAAAAUAAAAUGUCAAAGAAUUAUGGAGAUGUGUUAAAAGGACAAAAGAACCAUCUUGUACAGCUUCCACUGGCCAAGUUUGAGACAAUUUGAACAAAACAAAUGAACAGCAUCAUAAUGCAAGAGACAGAAUAGGAAUCCAUUAAUUUGUACUGAUAUAAAUACUUGAAUCCAUAAACAAAGGAAAGCUUUAUACAAUGCCAGCUAAUAAAUGUAGGAGGAACAAUGGCAAUAGAAAAACACAGUGUAACCGUCAUACUGGUGGUUGAUUCAGUACGUUGUUGACAACCCAGGCUAGAGUUUGUGGGCAGAGGUUUGAUGGACAGGAUGUUGGCAUAAUCUCCAAAUAUUUCCCCACAAAAUACUAAACAACUACAAAGGUGAAAAUUGUGAUUUUAUGAUAAACCUGGCAGACACCAGCAUUAUCAGAUGAUCAAAGUUCACUUCACCAGCGGCAGAGCACGUGUGUGGUACCCCCUGAUGAGAUGCACUGAGAAGACCCAGCGUCACUCGUGCUGUGUUACUGCUGAGGACGCGUGGCCAGAGUGUGCUCAUGAGGAAACAUUAGAUGAACCCACUUGAAAGGUUCUUUCACAGAAUGGAAAGCCUGUGUUCAAAGUGGCAAGGACAUAAAAGGAAAAGACGUCCAGAUUGAAGGAGGCUGAAGAUACUUGACAAGAAAACAAAAAGGAAAAAUAGAACAUUUGGCAUAAUUCAGAGUGUAUGGGUUGAAUGAUAGCGUCUAUUUCCUGACUUGGUUCAGUAGGUGAGUGUUUUUGUUUGGGGGAAAUACACCAGUAUUUAGGGGAAAUAGAGUCUCAUGUCUGCAGGUUGUUUUCAAAUACUUUAGAGAAAGAGGAAUGUGUGUGAGUGAGUGUAGAGGUAGGAGUGCAAGCAAGUGUGUGAGGGACAUGGAGGAAAUGCAGUGCACGGUUGGGGAAAUCUGAGUUUUUUGUACACUGCCUGUGACUUAAAGUCUGAAGUCAUUUCAAAGUAAAUGUGUGAACAUUUAAGUUAAUUGAUGUAGCCUAACACAUUAGUAGAAAAAGACAAGUGAAGCCACGUUAGAAUCUCAAUAGACAGAAAACAUUUAGAAACACUUUACAUAACUCCAUGAUUGAAAAAAAAAAAAAACUAAACUAGGAAUGAAAGGAAAUUUCAUUAAAAACAAAACUAGCAAAUAAAAACCAUACUAAGCAGAUAAAUACUGAACUGUUUCUUCCUGAUACUAAUAAUGAGACAAGAAGGCUUGUUACCACCAUUUGUAUUCAACAUUGGACUGAAAGCUCUUAUCUUGGUCAGGUCAGUAAGGCCAAAAAGAUAAAAAAAAAAAAAAAAAAAAAAGUGAAAAAACUGUUAAGGUGGAAGUAAAACUCAUUUCCCGGUGAUAUCAUUGUAUUCAUCAAAAAGUAAAAAAAAAAAAAAAAGAAUCUAUGGAGUUAUUAGAAAUAAGUGAAUUUAGCAAACUGACCAUAUAAAAAUCAUAUUUUUGUGUAUAACCAACAAAUAGAAAAAUUGAUACCAGGACAAUUGUAUCCUUUUUGGAUCGGGUAGCAUGGGCCAGACUUACCCUCCUGCCUAACAAAAUUGGGUAAAAUGAAACAAAAAUAAUUAUUUUCAAGUCACUGGAUGUCAGGCAAUAAAGGGCAGUGAUCCUUGGAGGUGAUGGGUAGGUUCACUAUAUUGUGAUGGUUACACAUUUCUAUCUGUUAAAUUGUAUCACAUUGUACAAUUCAAAUAUGUGCAUUUUAAAUACUGUGUCACAUUGCUGCUACAUUUAUAACAGGCCUAAAGCAGUUCUAGAAAUCUAAACACUGCAUCACAAAAUUGAGAAAAGACAAAAGGGACUUUUGAUGACUUUGAAGGCUGAUUUCUCCCAAGAUUGGUUGAGUUAGUGCUGCCCUAAUCACCAUUCAACAGCUAGUUUUGUUGUUGGAAAUCAGCAAGUCUGAAUGUAAAAUGUAUAUGCAGAUUCAGUGACCACCAACAGCUACGUCAAUCUGAAAAAGGCAAAGUCAUCAGUCUACAGGACUUAGAGGGCUAAAUAACAACUGUUACAGGCGCACCUCAGAGUCACUGUGGGCUUGGUUUUGGACCACUGCAAUAAAGUAAAUACCACAGUAAA